ACAAUGAUGGAUGCCAUUGCAGUAUAUUAAGAAGAUACCCGCCAUUUCACCAUCACCAUUCACCACCACCCUGAGAAUGACUUCCUCCACCCAAGUCACGGUGGUGGAACGCCGCCUCAUCUCUCCGCCGCCGCGAACUGUGACAGCGACCUCUCUGCCUCUCACCUUUCUCGACAUACCUUGGCUUCUCUUCUCCCCAAGUCAACCCCUCUUCUUCUAUGACUUGCCCGUCUCCACAGCCGAGUUCAUACAAACCAUCCUUCCCAACCUCGAAAACGCUCUCUCCCUCACUCUCCAACACUUCUUCCCCCUCUCCGGGAAGUUGGUAACGCCGCCACUGUCCUCCAUGCCGCCCCGUCUUGAAUACACCGGAGACGACUCCAUUUUCCUGACAAUUGUUGAGGCCACGGCUGCUGACGCCGGAGAUUUCAAGAAUCUCACCGGCAACCACCCAAAAUUGGCUCGAGAUCUCAAGUGUCUUGUUCCUGUUUUGAGGAGUACCGGAGUAGGUUCAAAGCAGCAACUUCUAGCCGUUCAGAUUACAGUGUUCCCUGAAGCUGGGGUUUGCAUGGGCUUCGCGCUUCGCCACGUAGUAGCCGAUGGGAGGACAUUCAACAAUUUCUUGAAGAAGUGGGGUGAACUUACCAAAACCGGUGGGGUUUGCGGGGCUGACGGGUCGGUGACCUUCCAUGAUAGGGCAGUGAUAACAGAUCCAGGUGGGCUUGAGUCAACUCUACUCAAAGAGUGGUCGAAAUUGAAGAAUUCACAAAAAAUGGAAAAUAUUAAUAAGGCUAAUGGGUCAAAACACGAUUUUUCAAGAGCCACAUUCGUGUUGCGUCCACAUGAAAUGGAGAAAAUCAAGAUAUGGAUCUUGACCCGAUCCGGGAUGUUAUUCGGGUCGAGCCAAUUGCUCCUAUCACCUUAUGUCCUCACUUGCGCGUUCAUAUGGGCUUGCUGGAUGAAAACUCAUCAAUUCACUUGUGAAGACGACUGUGGUGAAAUCGUUCAUUAUUUUGGUUUCAUUGCUGGUGGGAUUACACGAUUGCAUUAUACGGUCCCUAAUACCUAUGUGGGUAACUGUGUCGGAUUCGGGCGAUCGUCAGCUACUAGAAAAGAGUUAAUGGGAGAAAAUGGAGUGGUUUAUGCUGCAAAAGCCAUAGGGGACACAAUCAAGAAGUUGAACGGAGAUAUGCUGGGUGGAGCCAAGAGUUGGAUCUCGGAGUGGAAGGUCAUACGUGAAUCGGAGCUCCAUGUAAUGGUAACCGGGUCGCCGAAGUUGGAUGUAUAUGGGUUGGAUUUUGGGUGGGGGAGACCCGUGAAGAUUGAAGAAGUGUCAAUUGAUACCACAGGUGUAAUAUCUCUUUGUGAAGGUAGAGAGGUUGUUGGAGCCAUUGAAAUCGGGUUGGCUCUCCCUAGGUCUAAAAUGGAUGUGUUUAGUAGUUUCUUCAUUAAAGGAAUGAAUUCCUUUAGUAUCCAUUGUUAAUGAUUAUUGAGUUUCUCCUGAUUUGGUGGAAUAAAACUAAAUGCAGCAUUGUACGAA